AUGCACGGCACCUCCAAGCUUCGCCAGCGCUUCAGCCAGCUUGUCGAGCAGCUCCAGGCGGACAUCUACAUGGCGCAGGACCGGGCGGAUAGCUUGCGCCAGCAGCUCCAGGACCACGAGGACGAUGCUGACCUGGCGCUGAGGGAUGCUGGUGCGUGGGAGGCGCGCAGGGACGAGUUGCAGGGGGACCUGGCGUGGUGGGAGGCGCGUGUUUGUGUGUUGAAGGAUGAAUUGGCGGUUGCGUGCGAUGAGUUGCGCGGGUUGCAGGAGGUGGAUGACGGGUUUUGA